AUGGUUAACAAGCCCUUGCGAUGCGCGAGCAAGGCCGCCGAGAGCGCGUCCGCACGUCUCUGUGCGGACGCCGAAGCAGAAACAACAGCAACUGAUGUCCCAUCGGUUGCCGAAGCGACUCAGCCUGUGUCACCUGGUGAUGCAGGCGCUGGUCAUGAAGACACUCGUGUCUUCACAGAGUACGAGCUCGGUGUCUCGUACUCUCCUGAUACGGAACACGGAUCCGUAUCGACGGCGAUUGAAUCCAAGCCGCCUGCCAAUCGUGGCAUGGAUGAUGCUUUGCGUCGCAGCAUCUUCGGUUCAUCUGAUGAAUCAGAUGAACCAUCGCCGAAGCGAAGGCGCUCGAGGUCGCGAGACUCGGGCGCUAAUAGUGGUGUCGGUUCUCCAAUGGACACCACUUCACAGCGAGGUGCCAGUACUUCUGUCGGCACGUCGCAGGAAGAGCGGGACCGCAAUGUGUUGCGUCUCGCUCCAGAAAAGAAGGCAUGGAUGCCUCCAAAAUCUGUCAUGGAUCACUUGUCGGCGACGACGAGUGAUCGUUAUCGAACACGAUUGUUCGAUUCGUCAAGGAUCCAUCGCCUUGACCCCAGCGCGAAAGACUAUCGCGCUAAACAUGAGUUCUUCAUCGAUGCUUUCUUCAGACAUCGAUGGUACAGUGGGAAUCACAAACGUGAUGGUCCCUCACUACUUCAGGCGUGGAACGCCUACAUCCAUAACCUCGAGGAUGUAGGUCGUGACGCUUGGAACGACAAACUUAUCAAAGCUCGUGAUAAGUUUGAAAAGCGAACCCCGACAGGUGCACGCUACAAGCUGCAUCGUCUGUCAAGGGAGAAGGGAUUACCCUCACAUGGGGAGACUCGUGCCCGUGUUGUGUGA